AUGCCGAAACUACAUGAGAUUAGCUACUCGCGCGACCGCACCAUCGCGGCCGCCAAUGACUAUUACGAGUUUCUCAUGGGAAUGUAUCUUUCCGAGUCCGAAGUCUUGCAAUCACCGGCCUCCGGCUGGCCGAGCAUCAACGCGGAGGACUUCGGUCCCUUGGGCAAGACUCCGGAGGUACUCGAUCUGCUACGCCAUCUGCCCUAUUCCGUGACCAAUAUGACGAUGCGCAGCCCGAAGCAGCGCCAGGUGCACGCUUCGUGGACUACCAGACAGACAUCCUCGUAG